GUCACAAUGGGCAAGAACAUAAGAGCAUCUCUAGUGGCUUGUGUAUCUCAUAGUCUAUGUCAAAUAUAGACCAUCAGAGGCCAAAAAAUGUGUCCAGCGGCUUGUGUAUGUGCUAGUCUAAAUUUUAGACAUCCACCCGAAUCGCUACGCAUUGUCCAUAUUUAGACGACGGAGCGAGGACGUCCAAACAGAGCUGCCCCUUCGCGAGCUCGCUCCCUCGCCGAUCUGGAGAAGUUGGAGACAAGAAGACGGCCACGCCACUGCCCCGAGGAGCUCGCCGUCGCUGAGAUGGAAAACUCAUAUGAGUUGGACUCACAGAUCAACAACUCCUCAUUUCUGGACAUGAUGAAUGUAGGAUCGAGUGACACAAAUUGUUAUGGAACAGCAGAUUGUAGCCCACUUGCGGAACAAGUGACGAUGCCUCCACAAAAGGGGGGAAAAUCUGCGAAACCAAAAUCAGCAAAAGGAGCCUCCACAAAAGGGAAAAAUUGGUCAACUGCUGAGGACUUGGUGUUGAUUCAAGCAUGGGCAAACACUAGUCUGGAUGCGGUGACCGGGACCGAUCAGAAUUCAAGUACAUAUUGGGCACUCACGAGCAAGUUCUGUGCAUGUAUUCAACAGAUAUUAAAUAGAAAUUGCAGCGGAAUGACUCUCUCUAAUAAGGAAAGAGAUGCACACCGCAUGUACAUUGAACUGGAUGAGAAAAAGAAGCCAUUUACAUUAAUGCAUUGCUACAUAGAGUUUGAGAAGUAUUCAAAGUGGCAGACACGUCCGCUUCCUCAUAAGAAACAAAAGAAGACCUCGGAUGCAAGUCCGGGUACAACCUCCAACGAUGAAGACUUCGGCGCAUGCACUGAUGCUCUUGAAGAAGAGCUAAGACCUCCUGGUACGAAGCAUGACAAGAAUGAACGUUUGAGGAAAGGUAAAACUUCUGAAUCCAAUGAUAGUGGUUGCAAGUUAUCAUUAGAAAGUGUGUGGGCACAGAAGAUAAAGAAGGAUGAUAUCAAAGAGGCCACUACGCGAGAGCUUUUGAAUUGCAAGAGAAGCAGAUUGCAUUGCAAGAGAAGGAGGAUGCACGGAAACAGUUUGAAUUAG